AUGCCAAACAAGCGUAAGCGAGAUAUUCCCGCAGUACCGGACAUCACCGAGGAUCCGGCGGAGCGAAAACGAGUCCUGGGCGUGCUAGCUCAAAGAAGAUACCGUGAGAGGAAGAGACAGCAAUGGCAGGCUCUGCAGGCUCGAGCGGAGAGUCGCACUGGCUCUGAGGACGGGCAGCCCCAAGUCAGGGACGCUCCGUUGGCUUUGAAAGCAGCUGCUGAAACAAGAACGAUCUCGGACCCGGCUGACGUUGGUGUCUCACACGCAGUAGAGGAUAUCUCAUUUGACAGUGAAGGUCCAUGGGUUGGCCCCUCCCAAAUUAUGCCCGAACUCAUUGAUCAAAGCAUGGAUCUUAUGCCAGACAGACUUUCUUCAAGCCAGUUUCUCUCAUUUCCGCAAUCCCCACUAUGGCCUUUACUUCCUUCUCAGGAAGUUCCCACAAUGCCGUUGUCUGCCGUAGAGGAUCCAUUCUCCUGUUUCUCACCAGCAGCUUUCCUACCGGAUAUGCUGCCCUCAUUUCAGUCCACUCAGAGCACCAACAGCCCUGGAGGUGAUUGCAGUCUUUCGGACCGGCUUCAAACAUACCAAUCCGCGACAUUCUCCUUCCCAGAUGACCACCUGCUGGAGAUCCCCUCUCUCACGCUUCUCAAUGCCGCAAUGAAGGUAGCCCAGCGGUUGAAUAUUGCUGGCAUACUGUGGGACCUCACGGCCAUGAGCCCGUUUUACCAAGGACCCGAGAGCCAGACGACGAUCUCCUCGCCACCAUCUUUAUUGUCUGGCUCCUCAUCGCCAUCCUCAACAGCAUCUGGUCCCGACGGAACCGACGAUGUCAUCGAACUUCCCCGUCAUCUUCAACCGACUACCUCUCAGCGACUCAUCCCUCAUCAUCCCAUUCUGGAUCUCCUUCCCUGGCCGAGUACCCGGGAUAAACUCAUCCAGGUGUUCCAUCUCCCGCCGGAGAUGCGGCCAAAGUCUGCGCAGGAUCCCAUUGGUCUUCUUCGGUUUGUCUAUGAUAUGGAAGAUGUCAGUGGAGAGGGAAUCAAAGUCCGGGGCGGGGAUCCAUUUGCCCCAGAGGCGUGGGAGGUUGGACAGGUGGUUUUCGAGCGGUGGUGGUGGGCUUUUGAUGGGGAGAUUGUAGAGCGGAGUAAUUGUGUGAGGAAAUGGCGGGGGGAGAAUCAAUUGAUGAUGAGGAUUGAGUAA